GGAAUUUCGAAGACCACUGUCAUGAUAAUCCUAUAUCUCGUAUCGGCUCUUCUACUACAUGUAUGUGGGGUAACAGCCGAACAGACGACGUUGCAGUAUACCUAUACGAGUUUCGUUUAUCUAUGGGGUGAAACGAAGCAAACAUUCCGCGUUACUGCAAUUGUAGAGGUGGACAAAAUUGGACCUGCCAAAGGCCCGUACGACGGAACCGAGGCUGUUAUUUAUCUUGUCCAUUUGCAUGAUGUUAAAAUCGACCCUAUAAAAGAUGGCAAAGUGAUAAAAGUUACACAUGGAACAACAAGGACAGCCGGUGAACAACUGGAGGAGCAAUCACUUGAUGAACUGUACGAGAAACCAUUCCGCUUCAUUCAAAGGAAGGAUGGGAGCAUUGCUGAGGUAGAAUUUCAGAAGUCAGACUUAGAAAACACGGAGGUUGUUAAUUUCAAAAAGGGUGUACUGAGUGCAUUCCAAACACACACUAAUAAUCGAGAUGAAGAAGAUGUGGAGGAGACAGACGUACUUGGUAAACACACAGCUCAUUAUAGGGUUAUACAUUUUGACCAUAUUAAGAGGAUCAGGAAAACAUACAAGACUGAUGACAUCAAGCGGUUCGGUAAUGAUGAAGUCAACAAAGACGGCAUUGACGUUAAUGUCGAAGAAGAACUGACAGUUGAUGAAAGAAAUAAAAUACUCGAGUCUAAAGGAGUCAUGAAGAUAAGAAUUAAAAGAAAUACAGAGAAGGAAAAGAGAUACGCCGAGGAAAAUAGUCCUCAUACAAUAUAUGUAAGGGCAACAGAUGUGGACAUUGCUGAUAACUUCGACUCCGACAACACCUUUGAUAUGAAGUUAAAGAAAGAAACAAGUCGGUCCUUAAAUCGUAAAAGGCGCAUGGUAGAACUUGAUACAAUCAAAAAAGAUUCUUUCGUUACAACCUCACUGCUUGGGGAUUACAGUCAAGAAAACGCAAAGCGCCAUAGAUUCGAUAAACUUUUGGAACUUAUAGAAGAAGAAGGGUUGUUGAAGAUUCUUAAACGAUUUUAUGAUUCACCGACAGAUACAGAUAUAUUACGUCAUAUAAGAGAGGCGUUACAUCUUGAGAACCUCCUUAGUGCAAGACAUGUGUCCUCCAAAGAUCAUCACAUUAACGUGAAGAAUGGAAAAAGUGCACCACGUGUCAGCUUGAUCAGUAGAGUCGUAAAGGAAACGAAAUCGAAAUUGACCGACUGCAUCAAUCACUGGAAACUGUGUAAGGGUAUCGUCAAUCUGUACAUUGUCGGUGGUCAAGCUGCAGGUGAAAAGAUGAUCAAAGCAAUGUUGAUGAUGAAACUUUCUGAUAGAAACCUCAUUCAAUGA